AACUCGCGAGCGUUGCAUUUGCGUGCUUCCUGAAGUCUUCCGAAAUUUCCGUUAACGUUUUAAACAUGUCUGUUAACAGUUUGUACGUUACUUGAGUUACUAUGAAUUUUUAGUUUACAUAGUCGGAGACUAAAUAAUCUCGCGACACAACACGCCAGCUCUAGUCUACACCAUUUAUAAUGUCCUCUGAAUGUGAAGAUAAAAAAGACAACACUGACUCUUCUCAGUGUGCAGAAGGCAGCUGGAGCCUGCAGUAUGUCACAGGAGACCUGUUCUCCUGUCCAGAGGACGAGGCUUUGGCCCACUGCAUCAGUGAGGACUGCCGCAUGGGGGCAGGCAUCGCUGUCCUCUUCAAGCAGAGGUUUCAAGGGGUAGACGAGUUGAAGGACCAGAAAAAGGUAACGGGGCAGUGUGCUGUGCUGACAAGAGGCAGACGUUAUGUCUACUAUCUGAUUACUAAGAAGAGGGUGAGCCAAAAACCCUCUUAUGAAAGCCUGAGACAGAGCUUGGAGGACAUGAAAUCACACUGUGUACUGAAUGGAGUAACACGAGUAUCAAUGCCACGUAUUGCCUGCGGUCUGGACCGGCUGAAGUGGGAAAAUGUUUCAGAUAUACUGGAAGAAGUGUUCAAACACACAAACAUCUCCGUCACCAUCUACAGCCUUCCUCGGAAAACAGAAACCACAGUGAUGAAGCAGAAUAUGCACAGAUGAUGAAAUAUUAGUUUCAUGCACAUUUCUUUAUAAUUGCACCCACAUGAGCCAAAUGAUUUCUUGUUUCUUGCAAAUGAUGUAUUACUGAGUAUGUUGAAAUAAAUUCAUUUUGCACAUCA